AUGUUGUCAAAGGGAACACUUAGGAUGACAUGCUCUGUAGUAAUCGACGGUAGCGAUAGCAAUUCACCACUUCGAUCACCGGCACGGAGUCGCAGCUCUGUACGUCGAAUAAGGAACAGUAUAGCUAGUGAUUUUGGAAGAUACGAGUUGAUAGUUCUUGGCAAUAUCACAGCUGAGCUACAUUCCUAUAACGAAUACAAUCAUACAUGUGCAUUUCUUAAUGGUACGGGUGAUACUGCAAUGGAUUCGGAGGUUUUGUCAGAGAUGAUUGACAUUGACUUCAAUUCUCUAUUAUUGGACUGGGGCGAGGCAUGUCAGCAGUCAGCGUUGACAGCAUUCAUGUCCACAAGUUUGAUGGCUGGAGCAUUGACGGGAUCUUUUACAGCCGGAUGGCUUGCGGAUACGUAUGGAAGACUACCGGUUCUUAAAGGCUGCUUGUUACUUGUUUGCAUUGUGAAUGGCGUGUUUUCAUUCGUCGCUACCGUAUCAUGGGUUCUGUCAGCUGCAUUCAUGUUUACACUUGGCGCAGGAUGUGGUGGAUAUAUGGCAACUGUUCAGGUUACCAAUCUCGUUCUACUUGUUGAGAGUCUCGAUCAUCCGAACUCGCGCCUUCUAGGAGUGUCACUGAACGGCUGGAGUUUUUCGAUGGUUUUCGUUGCUCUGCUUGCUCGUUUCACUCAGCACUGGUUUCUUUUCCAUCUCUUUACAUCAGUAAUGGCUUUCGUGGCAUUUCUCGCUUUUCAGAUCUGGGUUGUGGAAAGUUGUCGUUGGUUAGCUAGCGUACAUCGCACUGCAGAAGCUCGUUCCAUGGCUAUUUGUGUGGCGUCAUAUCGUUCUGAAGCAGGACACUCUAUGAGAGAUUGGCAAUGGUGGGAAAUAUUAGGAUUCUCAGAGCCGGCGCUGUCAGUAUCAAAUGCGAAAACAUUGUCUAAGAAAUAUACAUACGCAGAUCUUUUCAGACAUUCUUCAGUGUACGUUCCACUUUUUGCAUUGUGUUACUGUUUCGUCUCGUCUUCAGUGGUAUCAUUCGGAUUUUAUUUCAAUGCAGAUGCUCUACCGGGGAAUCGUUAUGUGAACUUGGCUAUUAUGGGUAUUUCGAAAUUUGUGAUGGGCCUCAUACCAUUUGCUGUGUCGUCGUUUGUCGGUCGACGACCUAUUGUUUCUAUUUCAGUAGGAGUAGCUUGUAUUUGUGCAUGGUUAGCGGUAAUAAGUCAAUUGUCUGGUGCAUCUGCGGGUCAUUGGUCGCUAGUUGCUUUGUCGCUGAUCGUCUCAGCGGCUUUAGACCCCGCAUGGAAAAUCAAUCAUCUGUAUUCGGCUGAGCUGUUCCCCACUGUUGUCAGAAAUAUGGCCCGAGCUAUUUGUAAUGUAGGCGCACGACUAGGCUCAGUUCUCGCUCCAUUGGUUGUGCAUUUACGUACAGUACACUAUUUGAUACCGUAUCUGGUGUUUGCUGUAUUUCUCAGUGGGCAACUUGUUGUGGUGGCUGUAUGCAUACCAGAGACGAAAGGUCGACCACUUCCAGAAGAAUUGCCAACAAAAGAAAAUGCAAGUAGAGAUCUGCAGAUGGUUGAAUUGAGCCCAAGUACUAACAGACCGUUGCUUCAGUAG